AUGGAGGGAUACGCUGAUAAGUCUGAAAUGGACGCUCUUAACGACCUGUUUGCCAAGGCGUUUGCUCAAUAUUUUAUGAUGUUAUGGUGUCAUCGGGGCUACGAGACAUUCUCCCCGUUCCCAAAGGAACUGGAAGCCGUGGUCUCUUUCUGGCCGAACAACAUACCGUCUCAACACGAGGAACCAGCCGAGCAGGAAACAAUUUCCAAGGAUGGGAGCAACCCACCGGGUCAGGCUACCCGGGAUGGUGACCGUCUCCGGAAGCUCAAGGCGCUAAAAGAUCUUGAGUAUGCAUUUCAGUUGAUGAUGGUGGGCUGCCACGAAAUGAAUCUUUUCUCGUCUAACGAGGAAAUAGCCGAUGUGCAUACCGAGGACCUAAAGUUUCUGAUGUUGCCUUACCUGGCGGCGCAUGUGGGCAUUGAAAAGCCUGACAUCAAACAGCGCUUGAAUGUGCUCAAGCGGUGCGUCGUGUAUUUGACGGAGUUCAUCAACACUCUAAUCCGCAUGAAUAUCAUGCACCAGCGUGAACUGGUGUACUGGGAGCGGAAUUUGGGAGACAUUGCCGAUGAGCGACGUACCUUCAGAAUCAAUUCCACGAAAUAUUCCAUAGAGAUUCUGGCGAAAUUGCGUCCAGCAUUCAACACUGCGGAAGGGAUCGCCACUUUUAUCAAGAGCGCCAAUGCCAAUCAUUCUGACGAGGCUACAGUGCGGGCCAGGAUUCUGGAUCUCUUGCACCUAUUUUCCUUCGAGGCCAUAAAUCUCUACGACAUGAUUAAAAUGGAAAUCCCGCUGCUGGAACGUCAUCUACGCGAAUCUAGCAAUCCAGAAUUAAAUGCCAGUCGGGAAGAUGGGCGGAUGGAACCGCCGCGCUCCAAACCGUGGGUCGUUAAAGUAGACGGAGUCUCCAAAUUGGACCCCACCACGGCUCACUUCUUGUACAAGAAGCUUAUCUUCGUACCAGGCCACAAUUUGCCCAACAUAUCCCUGGAAGAGUGCGCUCGCAUCGAGAUGGACAUGGACGUGAACACCAUUGGCGUCAGGGGAGCAAAGGAGAACAAGAAAAAGGAAGACAGCGCCGAAGAGGACGAUGGAUGUAAAAGCGGCAGCGAAUCUAGCAGUAGCAGCGAUUCCGAUGAGGACAGCGACGACACCAAGGAGAAGGCGACUUGGGACGACUGGAAGGACGACCACCCCAGGGGGAGCGGAAAUAAAAACCGCAAUGUCGGUUAG